AUGUUCAAGAAAGUUGAUUUCUCCGAGGAUACAACGCCCUACGUUUCAGACACCGAAGUCGGUCAAAAUAUUUCUCCGUCUACGUCUAGAAGGGAGGGCCAGGCUGGGAACACGGCUGCAAUGACGAUGGGCUCGCAAAGCCAGGACGUGAUUUCUGGAAUUACCGGCUCGGACUCUGAUUCUGAUGACCUCCCUGUCUUCAAGAGAAGACCCUUGAGUGACACGCCCAUUGACACUACGUUCCAAUCUCCAGAGACUUCACAGAAAAGUUCUCCGGCUUUGUCUCAAGCUGCCUCUUUGACCAGAAUUGAUGAGCACAUCAAUGCACAUUUACAAGAGAGUGUUGAGGACACAACUCCAGAGGGGAUCGUGUCACCUACGAAAUUCUCGCAUCCGAAGAGGAGACCCACUACCAUUGAUGUUCCAGGGUUGACGAAAUCGAAGACAUCGCCCGAUGGGUUGAUUGCCAAAGAGGACUCCGGCUCCAAACUGGUGAUCAUCAUGGUUGGGUUGCCCGCCACAGGCAAAUCAUUUAUUACAAACAAGCUAUCGAGGUUCUUGAACUACUCGCUGUACUAUUGUAAAGUGUUCAACGUGGGGAACACAAGGAGAAGGUUUGCCAAAGAACACAACUUGAGCGAUCAGGACUCCAAGUUUUUUGACCCUUCGAAUGAGAGUAGUAAACAGUUGAGGAACCAAUGGGCAUUGCAGACUUUGGAUGAGCUGCUAGAUUACUUACUGGAGGGAGAAGGGUCAGUCGGAAUCUUUGACGCGACUAAUACAACGAAAUGCCGUAGGAAGUUGGUACUCGAUGCAAUCAGGAAGAGAAGCCCACAUUUGAAAAUUUUGUUCUUGGAGUCUAUCUGUACGAACAGGGCAGUUGUGGAGAAUAACAUCAAAUUGAAACUUUUCGGACCGGACUAUAAAGGUAAAAACCCUGAAGAUUCUUUGAAAGAUUUCAAGGAGAGACUCUCCAACUACUUGACAGCAUACGAACCCAUUGAGGACGACGAGGACAUACAAUACAUCAAGAUGAUUGACGUGGGGAAAAAAGUUAUCGCGUACAACAUCGAGGGGUUUCUGGCGUCACAGACAGUUUACUAUUUACUGAAUUUCAACUUAGCAGUUCGGCAGAUUUGGAUCACGAGAAAUGGGGAGAGCCAGGAUAACGUGAAGGGUAAAUUGGGUGGUAACUCCCACUUGACCCCCCGUGGUCGGAAGUACGCUGAAGCGUUAGCGAAAUUUAUAGAUGAGCAGAGGUCAAUCUUUGAGGAAGAUCAACUGGCCAAGAGAAAUAACGAAGGUACUAUCAAAGACAAGGACGACAUAGUGCAGGACACCCAUUCGGACUCGGACAACGAGGGUGCAGAUCACGCGUUCUAUGUCUGGACCAGCAUGCGUUCUAGAGCUAUUGAGACAGCGCAGUAUUUCAACGAAGAAGAGUACCCAAUGAAGCAGAUGAAAAUGCUGGAUGAAUUAAGCGUUGGUGACUACGAAGGAAUGACAUAUGCGGAGAUUCAGGCAAAGCAUCCUGAAGAGUUUACUAAAAGACAAAAGGAUAAGAUACGCUACAGAUACCCAGGCAUUGCAGGUGAGUCCUAUAUGGAUGUAAUCAACCGUCUGAGACCUGUAAUCACUGAACUGGAAAGAAUUGAGGAUAGUACCCUAAUCAUUACCCACAGGGUGGUAGCAAGGGCAUUGCUGGGAUACUAUAUGAAUUUGAGUGUUGAUAUCAUAUCAAACUUGGAUGUACCGCUGCAUUGUAUCUACUGCCUUGAGCCUAAGCCUUACGGUAUAACGUGGACACUUUGGGAAUAUGAUGAGGAGACAGAUGGAUUUAACAAGAUCCCAGAAUCCGAUCUGAACACUACCAGAGUGCAGGAGGUUGGCCUAGUUGAUAAAGAAAGAAGGUAUUCAGUCGUUCCAACCGCACCACCAUCUGCUGAUCUGGGACCAAGUGAUUUCCUAACAAAAAGAAGAGCAAGUGUGAGCUUUUCGCAUUCUGGUGUUCAUGUCUCGGAUAAUGCUGAGAAGCCCCAUGGGCCAGACGGCGAAAGACCUCAAACGGAGGGUGGAAGAGCCACUAGCACGCAAGUUGCAUUCGGAAGUAGCAACAACUCUUUGUUCAGGGCCAGGCAACCUCCUGGUGUUUCCAAAAUUCCAAAGCUCGCCAACUCCUCACUUCUAAAAAACCCUGGAGUUAACAUCAACAAUUCUGCACAUACAAGCGAGUUACGGGAUCGUUUCGAGAUUGACAAGCUGAACGAAAAACUUUCGAAACUAAAAGUGGAAAUGGGCUCAAAGAAUCAAGGUAAAGAGAAUAGUACAACUUCUGACGUAAAUGAGAUGGGCAUUCCAAUGACAAGAAGCCAAAGUGAAAGGUAA